GCCGCGACGUCAUCCUCAUCGCAGACCGAAGAUGGAGGCUGUCAGAAUAAUGAGUUGCAACUUGAGGUUGACAGACAGCAGAAGGAAUGUAUUCAGUUGCAUAGCGUUCUAACAAACCAAAGCCGAGAUUUGAAGAAGGUUGCUAGUAACAACUAUGGAAGUCAUGUACACUUAAUAAAUGGGGUUGUGGAGCCAGUGCUGGCAUAUGAAGGUCAAAAAAAGAUAAGCAGGCAGUCGGAAGAUGAAUUGCAAGAAGAGGAAAAAAAGUGGCAAGCAGACAGGGAACAACUUCAACAAGAAAACGAGAAACUCAGAGAGGAAAAUGAUAAUCAAUGCAAUUUUUUGUCUAUGAACUUAACUAGAUGUCCCCAAACGCAAACUGAGGCUUUUAUGCAACUUGAAAUUAGAAGACUAAUUUCAGAAAACUUGGAUCUCCAAGAAAAACUAGAUUUAGCCAAAGAGGAAGUGCAGCAAUUUAAGAUCCAUUUAAAAUUAAAAACAAAGGCAAUGAAGGAUGCAUGUUUGUUGGCGAGUAAAUUAAAUAACAAAGCAGAAACUGUUGAAACUGCAACACAGAAAGCUCUAGUGAAGAGCCAAGAUCAAAAGAAUAAUGUAAAUAUGGCAAUAAAGAAAAGAGUGACAAGAAAGAAGAGAGUGCCAAAAAGGAAGGAGAGCGUUUAUCAAGGCAUGUUUGAAUUUCACAAGAAGGAUGUUCAACAAAUUGUUUGGCAUCUGAUAUUUGAGUUGAAGCCAUGUAUUGCUGUAACACUAUUGCCAGAACUGCCUGCCUACAUUCUGUUCAUGUGCAUUAGGCACACAGACCAUACAAAUGAUGAUGAGAAACUAUGGUCACUGCUUACAGCAACUGUCAACACCAUCAAGAAAGUUAUGAAGGAAAGACAUGAUGAUAUAGAUACAAUGGUUUUGUGGCUGACAAAUACUGUGAGACUUCUGAAUAAUUUGAAACAGUAUAGUAGAGACAGAAAAUUCCAGACUGUAAAUACUCGCAGACAGAAUGAACAGUGUCUAAGGAAUUUUUAUCUCUCUGAAUACAAACAAGUUCUUUCCGAUACUGUUGUAGAAAUCUGCCAGAGUCUUACUGGGCACAUACAAGAAAAGAUACGUCCAUUGGUGGUGCCAGCUAUUCUUGAACAUGAACCCAAAUGGAGCUUGUCAAGUAUACAGCCAUUGGAGACACUCUUGCACGAAUUAAAUUCUAUUCAUAAAAUUAUGCAGUGCCAUAGUGUUGACUCAGAGAUUAUUCUCCAGAUAUUUAGGCAGAUUUUUUACUUCAUCUGUGCCAUUUCACUGAAUAACCUACUGCUUCGAGAGGAUUUGUGCCAUUUCACUAAAGGAUGGCAGAUAAGGCGUAAUCUGUCACAUCUUGAACAGUGGUGGUGUGACACAACAAGAAAGUCAUUGCCCGUCUUCUCAAUAGAUUUUUUGAAGGAUUCCAUGAAGCCAGAAACUUUACAGCCCAUAAUUCAGGCAUCCCACUUGCUAGACGCUCAUAAGCUGGAUAAGAAUGUUCAGAAUGUAUGUGAUAUGUGCGAUAAGCUUUCAGUGGUUCAGAUAGUCAAAAUACUCAAUCUACUUACAACCAUAGAUGAAUUUGAAGAAUGUGUUCCUGUCAGUUUUAUUCACAAGGUACAGGCCAAGCUUCAGGAAAGAAAUGAACCUCAGGAACAGGCUACAUUGCUGAUGGACACAAAAUUCACAUUCCCAGUAGUAUUUCCUUUCAAACCAUCAAAAAUCAAGCUUGAAUAUAUAGAAGUACCAGAGGAACUGGAUUUACCUAUGCUGAAGAAAGUUUAAAAUUGGGAGAGUAGUGUUCAUUGCGAAGACACAAAUGUACCUUACUAAGAGGUUUGCAUUGAUUACCUUUUGAGUGCUUGGUUUCUGCUGUAAAGAACAUUGAAAUUGUAAUGGCUAACUAAAUUUCACA